AUGAUGCACGGAAACGGCUCGGAGGCGCCGUUUCGGCGUUUCCGAACCUCGAGUUUGAUCACCCUCGCCGCCAUCUGCUUCCAAUCCUAUUGCUUCGUCGCUCUCGCCGUUGUCUGGUUCGUCGAAUCGCCGUCGUCCUUGUCGCACUCGCUGUCUGGUUUGUUUCGGUGCUCCUCGUCGUCUGCUUCCAGCCCUCCCCGUCUACUUCCAGCGCCUCGCUUCGUCGCCUUGGUCGUCGCCCUCGCCGUCGUGCCAUCGUCUUCUGCUUCGUCGCCAUUUGCUCGGUCAUAUAUGGCUCAUUCAACUUCAAGUUCAGGAUCUAGCAGCAGUAUUUCAUCAAAAAAUAAGGAUGAGGAAAAUAGUCUAUUAUGGAAAUAUGUGACUAGAAUGGAGAAAAUGGGAGAAGGAAGGGGUAGUUGGAAAUGGACUUGCAACUUUUGUGGUUUGCAAAAAUUUGGGACAUACACAAGAGUUAGGGCUCAUCUAUUAAGUAUCAGUGGGAAAGGAAUUGCUUGUUGUAAAAAGGUAAGUCCUGAAAUUAUAGUUGAGAUGAAAAAAGUUGAAAGAGAAGUUGAAGAAAUAUUAUCAAGUUUACAACAUAAGCAAGUGCCAUUACCGACUAGUAGUGUUUCUUUGGGGCCUUCUUUGUCUUUACAUGAACCAAGUGUUUUAGAACAUUUAAAGAAAAGAAAAUCCAUGGAUUCACCUCUUGCAAAAGCUUUUGACAUGCAAACUAGAGCACAAUUAGAUGCUGAGAUUGCUAGGAUGUUUUAUACUGGGGGUUUGCCUUUUAAUCUUGCUAGAAACCCAUAUUAUCUGAGUUCUUAUUCAUUUGCUGCUAAUCAUCCAUUAAGUGGUUAUGUGCCUCCGGGUUAUAAUAAGUUAAGGACCACAUUACUUCAACAAGAAAAGGUAAAUGUUGAAAAAUUGCUAGAACCUAUUAAAAGCACUUGGUUGGGAAAAGGUGUUAGCAUUGUUACUGAUGGUUGGAGUGACCCACAGAGAAGACCCUUGAUUAAUUUUUUGGUUGUUUCUGAAAAUGGUCCAAUGUUUAUCAAAUCUGUGAAUUGUUCAGGUGAAGUAAAGGAUAAACAAUUUAUUGCUAAUUUGAUGAAAGAGGUAAUAGAUGAAGUUGGUGACCAAAAAGUUGUACAAAUCAUUACUGAUAAUGCUGCUAAUUGCAAGGGAGCUGGGGAAAUCAUUGAGGACGUGCACUUGAAGCAAUGGUUAUGA